AUAAUCUUUAAAAAAAAAAAAAAAGAAGGAAGGAGGAAAGGGAUGGUUGGGCGUCAGUCACGAAAGGACCUCCCAGGCAUCAGCCAGCCCCAGGUAGCCCUUGUUGACUUAGCAAGUGACAGUUUGGGGACGAAGAGGAGGAGGACACGGAAGUCACACCCCUCCAAACUUGAUUCCCAUUGGCUCUUGGUAUCCUUAAAAGGGCCCAGCAGUGUCAGCACUGGUAUUCCCAGACCCCCUGAGGAUUCUGUGGCUAUAGUCACUUCUCAUCUCACAGCAUGAGAUUCUCAGCUCUCCUCUUCCUGGCAGCCCUAGCUGGAGUUCUGGUCUAUGCCGAAGGUGCCUCCUCUGAUCCCACCACAGAGGCUGCUGCAGCUGCUGAACCGGAAGGGACUACAUCUGCAGCAAAACCUGCUUCACCCCAAGAGCCCGCCCAGGAACCACAAAGUGCCGCCCCAAGUAAAGAAGAACUAAACCUAUUGAAAUUCCUGGCAAACAAAGAUCUCUUGGUAUCAGGACAUGGCUUAGAAGGAGCAAAAAAAACACUGCAUAAAAGAGUUGAGUUUGGAAGACGUCUUUAUGAGGGUGGAGCUGAAUGGGGACGAAAUCUGAGAAACUGGGGUGCAAAACUGAAUGUAGUUGGGGUCUGAGAAGUUGAAAAGAAUGGGAUCAAAGCCUUAACCAUGCUUGCAGCCCAGCAUGAUUAAACUGAA